AUGUUAUUCUGUGUGCAUCACUUGAUUGUGGUGGCAUAUCCAUGUUCCAAAUCCUCCAACCAAAUGCAAACCUCUGUUUCAACCUCUGCAUCUCUUUCACUCCCUCUUCCUCCUCACUCCUUCCCUCCAAUUCCAAACACUUUCCCCCUCUCCAACUUCAAACCUCUCUCCCUAUCAUCACAACAACAAAAAGAACCACUUCCCUCACCCUCAACACCACCUCACACAAAACCCCCACACCCCAAUGACCCUUCUUCUCUCAUCCAGUUACACUUCAAGCGUGGGAACGUUGACCUCGCGCGCCAAGUGUUUGAGGAAAGUCCCCGCAGAAGCGUUAGUGCUUGGAAUGCCAUGAUCUCCGGUCUUGCUCACAAUGGCUUUCCGAGGGAAGCGUUGGAAUAUGUGAGGCUAAUGUUAGAGGAAGGAAAAAGGCCGAAUUGGAUUACCAUGAUGGUGAUUCUUCCCAUUUGUGCUAAGUUGAGGACACUGAAACAAGGGAAGGAGGUUCAUGCUUAUGCUUUGAAACGUCGGUUCCUGCCUCACGUGACCAUGGUUUCUUCGUUGAUGGUGAUGUACUCGAAGUGCGGCGUGAUUGGGUAUUCCAUUAGGCUGUUUGAUGGAAUGGAGAAAAAGAAUGUGAUUUUGUGGACGGCCAUGAUUGAUUCGUGUGUGGAAAAUGGGUUUCUGAAUGAAGCUCUUGCUGUCAUGAGGUCAAUGCAAUUGACGCGGCAGAGGGCAGACACGGUUACCUUAACGAGGAUGUUGUGUGUUUGUGGCGAACUGAGACGCGUGAAGCUCGGGAAGGAGGUCCAUGGGCAGGUUUUGAAACUGGGUUUUGCAUCAGUGCAUUAUGUCGCUGCAGAACUUAUCAACAUGUAUGGGGCUUGUGGAGUUUUUGAUAAUGCAAAGCUGGUGUUUGGUGCUGUUCCUGAUAAAGGUUCAAUGACAUGGACUGCUCUUAUAAGGGCAUAUGGAUAUAAAGAAUGGUAUCGAGAAGCAAUUGACCUUUUCGAUCUGAUGAUGUCGAAUGGUUGUUCUCCAAACACCUUCACUUUUGAAGCUGUUCUUUCUAUUUGCGAUAGGGCUGGGUUUGUUGAAGAUGCUUUUAGGUUCUUUGAUUUAAUGUCUACAUAUGAAAUUGAAGCAUCCAAGGAACACUGUACUUUUAUGGUUCAACUUCUUACCCGCUAUGGUAAACUAGAUGAGGCUCAAAGAUUUUUAGAAAUGAGUCCUUCCUUGUAG